ACUCUAUGACGCAAUCGGCCUUCUAAUGCUCCCUUCGAAGGACGCGGCCGCGGAAUUGAGACACGCCGAAGACGCCACACUGACGUCACGGUGUGUCUGGCUCAAUCUGUACGGACUUUCCUAAACAAACCCCAGCAGCAUGGUUUAGUCGUUAUUUGUGGAGGAGGAUUUGAUACACUCGAUCGACCCUGAAACGACCACCGGACUACGUGCAUCAUGGACUACGUGCACUGUAGUCAAGAUCCAAAUCAGUCGUGUGGUUGUGUGCGGAAACAAAGCGCCCGACGUUAUUAGCUACUUUUUUUUGUGUCGAGAAAGAAUUUAAUAUUCCGAAAUUUAAUCACCAUUGUAAACCUAAUUGCCGUAACCUGCAAUGUGUAAAACGUAAAACCAACAAGGAGAUGUUCGUUAGACUGGAAGUCUUUUAGUUUCUUCCUCCUUGACAAGUUAUUGAUUAUUUAUGCUGCUUUAAAUUUCCCCUGAACAUUCUAGCAGACAGAGAUGUCAGAGGGUGGAAGUGGCAGCCGGGACUGGGACUGGAGCAGUCCACAAUGUCGUGCCCAAAUGGAUGAGAUCUUUUUUCGCCAGCAUGACUACAUUCAGGCGAAAAGUAAUGAACAUAAGGAGUUCUGGACUUUCUUUGAGCGCUUUCAGCGGUUUAAAGCCAAAAAGGAGAUCGGAAACUCAAAACCCAGCAAAAGUGGUGCAGAUUUUCGGAAAAAGUGUGCAAGUGGCACAGUGGACCUUGGUCUCCCAAAGGAGUACGAUGCCCGAUACAGGAUAAACAUCUUUGUAAAAACCCGAGAUGUUGAGGAUCGUCUGGGAGGCACACAUGGUAGGAGACACAGGGUUUGCCCGACUGACCCAAACAGCCAGGAGGUCACAGAUUGUCGGCUUGUUCUUCUUCAUUUUCUGGACUUCACUCAAAAGCAGAGCUUCUGUAAACUCGUCAAGCUGCGACGUGAACAAAAGAGCUUGCCCAUCUUCCAUUACUGUGACCGGAUUGUGGAGCUGAUCCAAACCCACCCGGUGGUGGUGGUGGCCGGAGACACUGGCUGUGGGAAGUCCACACAGGUGCCCCAGUACCUGCUGGCGUCUGGCUUUACCAAUAUAGCCUGUACUCAGCCUCGCCGCCUUGCCUGCAUUUCCCUUGCUAAGAGAGUGAGCUUUGAGAGUCUCAACCAGUAUGGUUCCAAGGUUGGCUACCAGAUCCGGUUUGAGAGCAGGCGCACAUCAAGCACUAAACUACUGUUCCUUACUGAGGGUCUGCUCCUCAAGCAGAUACAACAUGAUGCAAUGUUAUCCCAGUACCAUGUGGUGAUUGUGGAUGAAGUUCAUGAAAGACACCUGCACUGUGACUUCCUGUUGGGUGUGCUGCACUCUUUGCUUCACAGACGACCAGACCUGCGCUUAGUUCUUAUGUCUGCCACCAUCAACAUCAAAGUUUUCUCCAGCUACUUCAACAAUGCACCUGUGCUGCAGGUUCCAGGUAGACUCUUUCCUAUUCAGGUAAUAUAUCAGCCCAUCCCUCAUGAAGAUCAGGUGUCUCAAAUGGAGAAGCUGAACCCAAGACCAUAUCUGCGUGUGCUGCAGGGCAUUGAUCAAUGCUAUCCCACUGAGGAGCGAGGUGAUCUGCUGAUUUUCCUAAGUGGUAUGGCUGAAAUCUCCACUAUAAUGGAGGCAUGCAAAACCUAUGCUGUACACACCGGUCGCUGGAUCAUACUGCCCCUGCACAGUACCUUGUCGUUAGAACAGCAGAACAAGGUCUUUGACAUUGCUCCCCCUGGCUUGAGGAAAUGCAUCAUUGCCACCAACAUAGCUGAAACCUCGGUGACCAUUGAUGGGGUGCGCUUUGUAGUCGAUUCAGGCAAAGUAAAGGAAAUGACUUUUGAUCAAAAGGCCAAAAUGCAGAGACUUCAGGAGUUCUGGAUUAGUCGGGCCAGUUCUGAGCAAAGGAAAGGUCGUGCAGGCCGAACAGGGCCAGGAGUUUGCUACCGGCUCUAUUCAGAGUCAGACUAUGAGGCCUUUCCCCCUUACCCUAUCCCCGAGAUACAUCGAGUGCCUCUAGACUUGUUAGUGCUACAGAUGAAGAGUAUGGAUCUGGGAGAUCCUUGUUCUUUUAACUUCAUAGACCCUCCUGCAGCCUUUAGCAUUCAGACAUCUAUGAGGUUUCUAAAGGAACAAGGAGCUCUAGAUGUUCAGGGAGAACUCACCCCCAUUGGCAAUCUGCUGGCCAAGCUGCCUGUGGAUGUCCUUAUUGGUAAGAUGCUAGUCCUUGGUUCACUAUUCAACCUUGUGGAGCCAGUGUUGACUGUAGCUGCAGCACUGAGCGUUCAGUCACCAUUUCUGCGCAGUGCUCAACACAACCCAGAUUGCACCACUGCCCGCCAACCUCUGCAAAGUGACCUUGGAGACCCCUUCACUCUGCUCAACACCUUCAAUGCAUGGGUCCAGGUGAAAAGGGAUAGAGAGGGAGGGUCCAGAAAAUGGUGCAAAAGAAGAGGACUAGAGGAACAGAGACUGUAUGAGAUGGCCAACCUGAGGCGACAGUUUAAGGACCUGUUGAGGAGUCACGGGCUAGUUGAGCCUGAGUCAGGCUAUGUGGCUGAGGACCAGGCCCAGCGCAGAAAGAGACUCGGUGAACGUCAAAGACUUCAACAGCUGAAGAGGGAACAUGAUUUAACAGAGAACAGCCGUAGGAAAGUGUUGCAUCUGGAGGACGGCGAGGAGCAAGGGUCAUCAUGUGACUCAGAAGAAGAAGCAGCAGGGUCAACCAAGAAGGACAAAAAGUCUGGAGCACAGGAAGUAGACAUACAGGAAGUGAAGUUCAAACUGCGGCAUGAUAUUAGCAAGCUUCAAGGGGAUGCAUACGUCAGUGCAACAUUGUCAUCUCAGCAACAGGCUCUUUUUAGACUGGUGCUGUGCCGUGGCCUGUAUCCACAGCUGGCCCUGCCUGAUGAGCACAACUCUGCCCGUAAAGACUCAGAGCAGGUGUUUCACACUCGUAAUAAGCAAGGUGUUGUGAUUCACCCCACCAGUGUUUUUGCUAGUAAUCCGGAUUCGCUGCACAUCACUCAAUAUGAGUCCAGUGCUGAGAAUGGGCAGAGCAAUAUGCAUCAGCUGCUGGCUUUUGUAACUCUGCUUGAAACAAACAAGCCUUAUGUGUCAAAUUGCGUAAGAGCCCCUGCCCUGCAGGUUUUGCUGCUGGUGGCAAACUCAAUAGACAGCAAUGCAGACUGCACACAGCUGGUGGUUGAUGGUUGGCUAGAGUUGGUUAUAAGUGAUAGUGCGACAGCACUCAGAGUGCUGUCUUCUGCUCUCAUGAUAAGGGACAAUUGGGAUAAUUUGCUACAGGCCAAGUUAAACCAGUCUGGUUUAAGAUCUACUGCAGGUCUACAGCAUGCUGGGCCAGCACCAUCCCAUCGUGAGCUCCAGAAAAUUUCAGAAGAACUUGUACGCUUUCUAAUGUACACUGAGGUGAGUUACAGUCUACGAAGGCUAACCGCACUGCAGUCUCAGAACCUAUACAUCGGACCCCAGCAGAAUACGGAGUUUUCCGUUCCUCCACUCUUCCCUAAAAUGAAAGCAGAACCUGAUUCAGUUAAGGGAGGUCUACGAGUCACCAGCUACUUCACCUAUAAUUGCCUCUGUGACUCCAAAGACUUGUACAGUGAGUGUUUGCGGACAUUUUGGACUUGCCCACACUGUGAACUGCACAUGCCUUUUACCCCCCUGGAGCAAAUGCAGCAUCAGGCCACUUGUAAGCCAUUAGAGGAGCAGCAAACUGAGGAAGAGGUUGACAUUGUAAAGUCUGAGUCCUUGUCUAAUCUGACUAGACUCUACCACUGUGAUAUCUGUAAGAAAGAUCUAACCCUGACCUCCACUGAGAUUCUAAAACACAAGCGUCAACACCAGUCCUGAGUUCUUCCUACGUCUGGGUACCAGAAGGAGUUAUAUAUUUUUUCCUGUCAUUUUUCUUUUUGAAGAUUCUUGUAAAAAUAAUUGUGUACUUCAGAAACAUACAGAUAUGUGUACAUAAAAUAGGUAUGUGCAUUUGUGAAAUACAAUUCUCUCCAUUAAAUUUUUAGACUAUAAAUAAAAUGGACUGGAAUUGUUUUACUGCAUGUGCUUUAAAAAAAAAAAAGAAAAAAUUAUCAACACUUAAUGGUGUGUAGCCAUUUCCACGAUACGUAACGCCUGAAAAUGCUGAACGUUUUCCAGCAGGUGAUGCUAGUGAGUAACAUAUCCUUGAGGGUCACCUUUUAAAACCUUUGAUGGACAGGGCAACUGAACGUCCCUUGUCAGUGAUAAGUUGCUCACAUUCUCACUGUUUUGAGGGUUUAGUAGACUUUGCCCUGAAAAACCCCAAACCCAAUUGAAAUUAAUACCUGAAUGUGAUAUUGUUUAAAAGGUUUAUCACUAGUUACAGCAAGGCUGAAUCACUUUUUUUUUUUUUUUUUUUUCC